ACACAUGUUCUGCUGUAAAAAGCCCAGCCCAUGGAGAUACCAAACCCUAAACCCUAACUUCUGGUCUAUUUAUGCCACUUCCGCCCCACACACAUUCCACAUCUCCUUCUCCCUCACCAUCUUCCUCACUCGUAGGAUAAAGUUGUUGCCACAAUGUCGAAGAAUCCGAAGGUUUUCUUUGAUAUUCUUAUUGGAAAAAAUAAAGCUGGGAGGGUAGUAAUGGAACUUUUUGCCGAUGCUGUUCCCAAAACAGCUGAGAAUUUCAGAGCCCUCUGCACUGGUGAAAAGGGAAUUGGACAAUUAGGGAAGCCUCUACAUUUCAAAGGAUCUGGUUUUCAUAGGAUAAUUCCUGAUUUUAUGUGUCAGGGAGGUGAUUUUACGAGAGGGAAUGGGACUGGUGGAGAGUCUAUUUAUGGGUCUAAGUUUGCAGAUGAGAAUUUCAAUUUGAAGCAUACUGGACCUGGGAUUCUUUCCAUGGCGAAUUCUGGACCUAAUACUAAUGGUUCACAGUUCUUUAUUUGUACUAGUAAGACUCAGUGGCUUGAUGGAAAGCAUGUUGUGUUUGGUAAAGUUGUUGAUGGGUAUAGUGUGGUUCAGGAGAUGGAGAAGGUUGGUUCACAAAAUGGUAGGACUUCGGAACCUGUUGUAAUUGAAGAUUCUGGAGAAGUUAAGAACUGAAUAAUUACUUUGGUUGCACAAUGCUUUGUGUUGUAACUUUUCUGUUCUCAUUGUGUGAAUUACCACUUAAUAAGUUAAAUGGUUUGUGUUUGUGGAAAAUUUCAAACCUAGCAAUAGGUUUGGAAUCAAUGCUGUAUUUUUUUUAUUGAAAUGCAUUGCACAGGCCUUUCAGUA